GAUCGGUGGUCCAGACAUAAGGAUGAUAAUUCAUGUGGAGACGAUUGUUCAGAACUAAUGGUGAUUGAUGGGCAUCAAAAAUGCACACGACGAGUAUGUGCCACAGUUGAUGCGGAAUUACAUUGUACAGAACUCGGGGAUUCCCAUUUCGUAAGUGGCUUUAAUUUUCACAUUUCUUUAGUUUACUAAUUUUUUAUAUCAGAGAAAGUCAUACCAGACUUAAAACAUAACUAUGUGAUCAGCCAUCUCUACGUUUGUAGAGUGACUGAAAGAGCACCAUAUUCAAAAUUUAAAACUUUUAGAUGUUCUCUGGGCUAAUAACCUAGUUUGGUUACAACAGCUGUAACAAAUAUAAGUGUAAUUCUCAGGAGCUUUUCCAGUUUCUUAUAUAGAUUAACUUUAAUUUUCAUGUCUAUUGGUUUCCUUUGUAGAUAAGCUGUCCAUUUACACCAUUAUAUAAAAAACGACAUUGCGAAAAUCAUCUUCCUGCUCAUGAAGAUGCAGAAACAGAUGAGAUAGAAAGCACAACAGAUUUGGAUUUAUCAUUUGAGUAUGAAUACGACGAACCACAACCACCAACAGCAAAUUUAAUAUUAAAUGAAUAUGAUUCUAGUGAUCCAGACGAUCAACCAUCAACAAUUUGUCAAACAGACAAAACUGCACGCGAAAAAAAUCCCAGAUCGGCUGGAGCAGUUGCUGCUGUUUUCAAUUGCGGUAUAAUUUUUGCACUUGUUGAGAUAUUUGGUUCCGAAUCAAUAACGCAAGUAUACGCAUUCAUGGCGAACGUUAUCCACAACAGGGCGCAUUAUUUACCAAAUAUCCUUGCGUUCGAUAACGCCUGCAAAUUCAGCAGGUUUGCAAGAAACACAAAGAAAAACAUUAAAGUAAUAACUCAGUCAUCUGAAACAUUGAAGAAUAUGAAUUAUGUCAUUGACAAAUUUCAUUUUAAAAAUCAUGUCGAUCCAUGGUGCCGUGCCAACAUGAAUCCAAAUGAACAUCCUGUUGCAAAAUGUGUUAACACUGAAGCAUGUGAGCAAGUUUUUAGUUGGCUAUCUAGAUAUACGAACAUACUCAAAGCUUGCAACCAAUCACGUUUUAUGUGGAUAUUAUUAAAUAUCUGUGAAUUAAAAAAUGAAGACAAAAUUCGUAAAACGAAAAAAAACCUGCCUGUAGUAUAAUCAAUCAUUUUUCCUGGGUAAUUCUAACUUACGUAGCAAGCUUUGUUCAUAAUAAACAUUGUCCUUUUUUCAACUUCUAUAGUUUUACGCGCAUUUUAUUAAAAACUGAUUAACAAAGAAUAAAAGAAAUAU